AUGGCAGACAACCUCCCCUCCUCUCGUCCGUUGCGCUCCGUGGCGGAGAUCCUCGCCAGCGACAAGACAUCCGUUCUGUCACUCGCACCAUCCCUCGUUCAGCUUUAUGCCCUUCUGGCCCCAGCCUGUCUUGUUGUCUGCGCAACCAAUGGCUAUGACGGUUCAGUCCUCACAGGUUUGCAGGGUGUGACAGCAUGGAACAAUCAGUUUGGAAGCCCCAAGGGCUCACUGCUUGGGAUAACCAGCGCCUCUUACCCCCUGGGUGCCAUCGUUUCCACACCCUUUUCUGCAUGGUUGUCCGAUAAAUACGGCCGACGCUCCUCGAUCCUCAUCGGCAGCUUCAUCAUGAUCAUCGGCGUCAUUGUUCAGUGUGUCAGCACCACCAUCGGCCAAUUCAUUGGCGGUCGUGUCAUUGUCGGCUUCGGUAUCACUCUUGCCCUGGCCGCAGCCCCUGUCCUCAUCUCCGAGCUCGCUCAUCCUCGUCACCGAGUCUUUUUCGGGUCCCUGUACAACACCAGCUUCUAUCUCGGCGCUUUACUCGCAGGCUGGGUAGCUUUCGGAAGUUACCGCAUCCCGAGCGCCUGGGCCUGGAGGCUGCCUACUCUACUACAAGCACUCCCGGCUUGCAUCCAGAUGGUCUUCGUGUGGUUUCUAGAUGAAUCGCCUCGUUGGCUGUUCUACAAGGAUAGAACUGACGAAGCUCUAAACAUCCUGAUCAAGCAUCAUGGGAACGGGAAGCUUGAUGAUCUGGUCCAGGCUGAGUACUGGGAGAUGAAGGAGACGCUCCAGGCUGAGCAGGAAGGAGAGAAGCAAAGUAUCUCUCUGUUUAUCAAGACCCCAGCCAACCGUCGACGGCUCGCCAUUCUUGUCACUCUGGCCGUCUUCGGUCAAUGGAGUGGAAAUGGACUAGUGUCGUACUACCUCACCAAGAUCCUAGCAAGCAUCGGAAUCUCAACCCAACGAGAACAAACAAUGCUCAACGGAAUAAUCAGCACGGUCAACUACGCCACGGCCCUCUUCGCAGCCGUCCUAUCGACCAAGAUCGGCCGCCGCACCAUGUUCAUCGGGGGCGGCAUCGCCAUGUUCCUCACCUUCUCAGCUUUGACAAUCAGCAUCGCCGUCUACAACGAGACCGGGUCAGUGGCCGCGAGCAAAUCCGGACUGGCGUUUAUCUUCAUCUACUACACCUCCUUCAACAUCUGUCUAAACCCGCUGCUCUUCCUCUACCCCACCGAGAUUCUACCAUACAGGUUACGUGCCAUGGGCCUCAGCAUCCUCGUGUUUUCGACAAAGGCCGCAUCAUUCUUCAAUCAGUUCGUCAAUCCGAUUGGCAUGGAUUCUCUGGGCUGGAAGUACUACCUGGUGUAUGUUGGCUGGCUUCUUGUGGAAAUCUGCGUCUUUUGGCUACUCUACGUUGAGACCAAGGGGUACACUCUUGAGAGAAUCCAGGAGGCGUUCGGAGAGGAUAUCAAGUUCGACGGUCCAGAGGAGAAGAAUGGACCGACGGUGGUCGAUACUGUGUUUGAAAACAAGGGUGACGAUGAGUCCAGCUCGCAUGUGGAGAGGGCAAAGCAUGCCUAG